GCGAGAAAACUGAGCAAAGAAAAUCAAUAUUUUGGGAGGAAAAACGAAUCCUGCUUCUCUGUUUGGUCCCCGGGAAAACUGGGCAAAUGAAGUCAGAAAAGUUCUUAAUUUGUGCUGUUUUAGAUUUCGAAUGAGUGAAGCAAUUGCAUUUGGGUCAUAGUUGGGUGGAUUCUUCUGUUGUUUCAGAUUUUCAUUUCUAGCCACGAGCUUUGCAGUUAAUGGAUUGGACUUUUGUACGUAAAGCUUGGGACAAGUGGAUAUCUACCAGUAUAGGUUCUUCUGGUGAACCCUUGAAGGCAGCUUUACUAAUUAACUAUGACCCAACUGGACCAUCUCGGCUAUUGUCCACCAUUGCAGAGCAAGAAGGGAUUAGAGCAAAGCCAAUUGAAGUGAAUCAAUUUGUUGAUUUUAUCAAACGCAACAACCUCCAAAGUGAGAGCUUCUUUAUCGGGCAAAACCAAUAUUUGGUAACUUCAAUUCAUGACGGCUGGUUCUGUGCAAGGUGCAUGAACACAUCACAUCCUGCUGGUGAAGGUGCUAUAGUUAUGCAGACAACAUCAUUCAUCUUGGUUGCACUGUAUGAUGGUUCCAUUGGUUCAGCAUCUCGUGCUAUGGUGGAUGUUGAUCAAUUUGCAUGGCAAUUGGGCAGAAAGAACCUUUAACCUCAUAUUCCACAAUGGUGUUGUCUACUACAAACCAAUUCUUGGAAACUCUUGAAAUGGAACUGCUUUUUGAUCUUAACACAUUGAAUUUUCCGGGGAGGCUGGAAAUCUAGUGGAGUAGCAGUGUUCUUACUGGUUCAAAAUGUUCAAUUCAUGAUCGUUUACUGAUCUUUUUGUUGUAGUUCUAAUGCUCUUGUUUCUAACUAAAUCAUUUGUAUCAAAAAUGGUUUGGUACUGUACUAAUUGAUACAGAAACAUCAAUGUAAAUGAGUUAUGGAUCACGGUUUUGAGAUCAAUUAAAUGAUGAUGUACGUUUUGUUUUGAUUUUUC